AUGGACUUGGAAAUUCACUUUGUGCUGGAAUCUGUUAAUCAUUGUGGCUAUGAGUGUUGUGUUGUUCACUGGCCGCACCUACAACAAAGAAUUUAUAGGGAUCUCCCUGCAAAUUCUUCAGUAAAGCUCACCUGUGCUGGAAAUGAUUGUUUUCCCCUUUCCCCUCAAGUCAAAUGAAUCACAAUGUAGGCAUGCGCGUGACUUAUCUAGUUGAAGAAUCUAGGCAAAACAUUCCAGUAGUAACUCUCUUUGGUAGCAAGCUCUAAUCGGCGUGAGUUUGCUUUCUGAAAUGUACCAGGCCAGCUACAAUGAAAUAUCCAUAAAUUGCUGCUGUAGUUGCUACUCUCGUUUUUUGUAGAACUUAUUUUAGUUAUUUCUAUUUUUGAGUAAGUGGAGCUGGUAUCAGUUGAUAGUAGUUUCUAUAAAUGAACGUCAUCAACAGUGUAUUAGGUUUUGUUAUGCUAGUCGCCGCAGUUUUAGGUCUUGUAUGUUUAGCUAAAUAUUUGGAUAGCAGUAGCUCUGCUGUUCAGUAUGAAACGAUUGCAUCAUAUAAUAUAACAAAUCUGGAGAAUUCAGAAGACCCGGUGCAUGUUCCGUGUAAAAGACAAUCUCCCUUGCAGCUUAUGCAAUUGUUGGGUCCAGCUUUUAAUCCAAGAUAUAUGUCGAUUCAGAAGCCUCUGGAUUUCUAUCACCCGAUAACUGCAGAAGAAGAAGAGAAUGACCCCCUUCCUAUGCAAAUCAGCAACUCAUACAGAAGUAAAUUAAGCAACGUGUACAAGCUGGCUUUAUUGCGUAAUGAAGGGGAAAUCUUGCAAAGGAACCAUAAACUGUGUAACCAUAGAGGACACAGGAUAAAACGGGACCUGGAACUUGAAACAUCGGAUUCUUUCUCUUCGGAAGUCCCUACUCCUUGGACAUGUCCUUGGAAAACACAGUGGCUGGACUUGGGCGAUGACAUUUUUCCUCGUUACAUACGAUCUGCUGUCUGUUCCUCAAAGACUUGCUGGUUUUCUCGCAUGAGUUGUCAAUCAAGAUCCUUCACUUUGGUUCUUCUGCGGCGCAACAAAUUCUUUUGUGGCGCUACUACUCAGCCAACGGAGUUUAAGGAAAGGAAAUUUAAAAAUGAAAUGGAACACAGAGUGCCUCCCGAAUUGCAAGAUGAGUGGUUCUUUGAAGAGAGAGCUACGAAUUUGUCUUGUGAAUGUGUGCGGAAGAGCAAUGUACUUUGAACUCAAUUAGCUGUUUAAUUUCAUUGGUGGAGCUAGAACGAUGUUGCUUGUAAAUAGAUGUCUGUAAUAAUUUAUUUGUGCCUUUAAAAGGUUUUUCUUUUCUAUAUGUUUUAAUUUUAGUUACGUAAUAGAUACAUUUCUUUCAUAAAUGUAAAUUUAAAUGUAUAUAACGGGAUAUACCCAAUAAAUUAGCUUAUUACGCU